AUUAUGAAUUUAAUCUUUGGUCAUGUCUAUUGUUUGAAAUGAGUACGUUUGUACUUUAUGUCGUCAAAGUGACAUCUGUUGUACGAAUUUGCUUGUUUUGAACAUUAGAUGAUAGUAUACUUGAUCCAUGCGGACAAUGAUCAGCCCAAAGGAGGAUUGUUGUUUGGUCAGGUUUAAGUAUAUAGGGCAAUGAAUAUAUGAUAAUUUUUCAGGUUUUCAUGUGAAUAGCGAGUCAAUCCAAAGAUAGGCUCGUUGUUUGACAGGGUUAAUUAUUUAUAUUCAUUGUUGACCAAGAAUACCACUUGCAGUUAGUAUUUCAAUCCAAAGAUUGGAUAUUAGCGUUGCACCGGUACCUUGUGAUGGGAUUUGGGCCAUUGUAUUUAAAUUCAUUUAUAUUUGUUAUUUCAUCUUUGUACAUGUAUUGAUUGUGAGCAUGUUUGGUAUUUUUGUUGUUCUUUGUACAGUGAGUUCUGCUUCUAUGAUAUCUGCAAAUUUGAGUACUGUUCCUGAGUUAAAUGGUUCGAAUUUUAAGGACUGGAAAGAAACUGUUAUGAUUGUUCUGGGUUGUAUGGAUCUUGACCUUGCAUUUAGGGAGUUGUGUCCACCUCAACCAACAGAUCAAAGUUCCCAUGAGGAUAAGCGGUACUUUGAACGGUGGGAACGCUCAAACCGCAUGUGUCUAAUGAUCAUGAAGAGAUCAAUCCCAGAAAAUUUUCGGGGAUCUAUUACUGAAAAGGCUAGUGCCAAGGCGUUCCUUGAAGAGAUUGAAAAACGUUUUGCUAAAAAAUGAAAAGGCUGAAACAAGCACUCUUUUGAGUAAACUUGUGACGCUGAGGUUUAAAGGAAAGGGGAACAUACGGGAGCAUAUUAUGGAAAUGUCUCAUCUUGCUUCAAAAUUACAGGCACUAGGUCUGAGGUUACCUGAAGACUUUAUAGUGCAUAUGGUUCUUCUUUCUCUUCCACCACAGUUUGGACAAUUUAAAGUUAGUUAUAACUGUCAGAAGGAGAAAUGGACUCUUAAUGAGCUUAUUUCGCACUGUGUGGAAGAAGAGGAGAGAUUGAAGCAUGAUAGGAUAGAAAGUGCUCACUUGGCUACUACGCCUAAAAGUAAGAAAAGAAAGACGGCUAAAGAAAUUGCAGUUGAUCACGCAUCCAUCAAGAAACAAAAGAAGCAUAAGGAAGGCAAAUCAAGCUGCUUCUUUUGCAAGGAUGAAGGUCAUAUGAAGAAGGAUUGUACUAAGUAUCACGCAUGGCGUGAAAAGAAAGGGCUGCCUAAAUUGUCGGACGCCAAUUGAUGCUGAAAGAUUCAUCUAUGAGGGCGAUGACAUGAAGGCGAAGAUUGAAGCCAUAGCAGAUUUUCGAGUUAUUGUUAAAGACUGGUUGUCAUUUGAAUUUGAUAGAAACUUAUGUAA